UACUAAAAAUUAGUUUAAUAUACUAAGCACUUUAUUUAGUUAGGUUUUUGUUUUACUUAAGUGUAAAAGUACUGAGAAAUUAUUUACCAUAAGAACUGUGUUUUAAAAUGUUUUUGGUCGGAUUAACCGGUGGUAUUGCGAGCGGGAAAUCGACGGUUUCAAAAUAUUUGGUCGAACUCGGUUGUUCGGUCGUUGACGCAGAUUUGGUUGCGAGGGAGGUCAUGUUGCCGGGAGAAACGGCGUUUAGGAGGACCGUGGAAACAUUUGGGCGAGAGGUGGUGGAUGGGAAUGGGGAAAUAAACAGAGAGGCACUUGGUGAAAUCAUCUUCAGGGAUGCCGAAGCGAGGAAGAAGUUGAACAAGAUCACUCAUCCCCAGAUCAUAAAGAAGAUGUUGUUAAAAAUAUUGAUGUCUUUUCUAAAAGGCGACCGCUUCGUGGUCCUCGACGUCCCUCUGCUCGUAGAAUCGAAGAUCUGGGUUCGAUUCGUGCGGCAUUUAGUCGUCGUUAAUUGCUCCCCUGGUGCUCAGCUGGAGCGGUUGAUGAAGAGGAAUGAUUAUACUGAGGAGGAAGCAAGGAUCAGGAUCACGAGCCAGACUCCGUUAUCGGAGAAAUGCAAAUUAGCAACGAGGAUUAUAAACAAUGAUGGCAGUAUCGAAAACACUAGGUGUCAGGUUCGAGAAUUUGUAGAAGAUUUGAAAAAAUCUUGGAGUUUUAAUUUUUAUGAAGUUUGUGGUUUAUCGUUUGUUUGUUGUAUUAUGUUGAAAAUUGUUUUUAGUUAUUUGUAAUAAUGAGCAUUAUGUGUAUAAUUAUCCAAAGUGUUUAAAAUAAAAAGUUUUAAUUGGCACAA